AUGUGGUCUCAUUUACAACGUGGAAGUUCACCAGUGGACUGGUGUGAAUCUAAUUAUUCUAUAUCACCAGUAAUUGCUGAAUUUGUUAAUACCUUUAGCAAUGUCCUGUUCUUCCUGUUGCCUCCAGUCCUGAUUCAUCUGUUCCAAGAAUAUUCCAAGUUUUUCAACCCAGCUAUUAAUGUGCUAUGGGUACUGUUGAUGGUAGUUGGAAUCUGCUCUGCAUACUUUCAUGCCACACUGAGUUUAGUGGGGCAGCUUAUGGAUGAAUUGGCUAUACUGUGGGUGUUCAUAGCAGCGUUCGCUAUGUUCCUGCCUAAGAGAUACUUUCCUGCAUUUUUAGAUGGAAACAGACGUCGCCUGGCCAUCUACUCCGCCAUUACGUCGGUACUACUGACCGCUUUCCUAGUCAUGCAUCCAGCAGCUAACGCUUUCGCAUUGAUGACACUCGCUCUGCCGACGCUUGGAUUUAUGUAUGGCGAGUUGGUGAGAGUGAAAUGUUCGCGUGUAUACCGCCUGGGUGUGCGGUCUGUUGCCGUCAGUCUGCUGGCGAUAUUCUGCUGGGUCAUGGACCGCAUGUUCUGCGACGCGUGGCUCUCCAUCGACUUCCCUUACAUGCAUGGAGUGUGGCACGUACUCAUCUUCAUCGCCAGCUACACCGCCCUCGUGCUAUUCGCGUAUUUUAACGCCACUGAGGAGAGUCCCGAACAAAAACCUCAGCUAAAGUACUGGCCUGUCAACGAAUUUGAACUAGGCAUACCAUAUGUAACCAUGAAACAUCCCUGCAAGACAGACAAAAAUCUAGCAAUCUAG